ACCGGAAAGUUUGAGCCGGGAUGUUGCACGCCGUUAUGCUAGGUAGCGGUCCAGGACGGGGGAGACGCGAGUGGUAUCCAGGAUUUUAUCUCCAACGUCGUCGUCUAGGCUGUAGAAUGAAUCGCGGCGAGCAAGAGACUCUCUUCCGGCAGAGCCGGCAGAUCACACGGAUCGUAUCUUCCCGCGAGGACCUUGUUCUGAGCGUCCUCAAGUCGCCGAUCAAUCAACAACAGCAACAACAACAACGACAACAGUAUCGGCAGUCGCAUACUUCGGGUCAUUUUAACUGCCAAGCCCAUCCGAAUAAUAAGAAGUGCAAUCAUUCAGGUGACACGUACAACAAUGAGAGUCUUCCACGAAGCAAGGAGCCAUGCUCUAGGCAUGCCGAAAAGCGGUGCAGCGCCGCAUAUGCCGCUCUUCAGGGUAGCGAAGAUGAACUCGUGGCCGAGCAGGCCCUCGAGACGGAGGAUGCCGCGUUAAAGACGCCCGGUAGCGAGACCGAGGAUACCGAAGACAACGGCGCGAACGCGGAAGAGCAAUCGUCACCCGCACGGCGUUUUACUUUCCUACGUCGUUUCCGUUCACCGCGCUUCGGCGAGGCGCACCACAAGCGAGUGCCGACGCCUAUGAAGCGGAAAUACCGACGCAAAAAGAGCAAGGAGGACAUUAUCGACAAUGAUGUGGCCGGUGCCGAGGAGGAACCACCAAGUCCCGAUCAAACUGGCAUGCCCGAUCCUUACUAUCCGAUUUAUCUGCCCAUCGAUCAGGCUUUCAAGGCCAAGUACGUGUUUCAUCAUAAGAGAGGCAAGACCUUUCAGGAACGUCUCUACGUAUUUCUCGAGCAUCCCGGUGGCUGGCUGUGUUUCGUCUACCAUUUUGCUGUGUUCAUGGUGGUAUUGGUGUGCCUCAUAUUUAGUGUUUUGUCAACGAUAGAUCAAUACAGUAACUUCGCUAACGAAACUCUGUUUUGGAUGGAAAUAUGUCUCGUGGUAUUCUUCGGAGUCGAAUAUCUGGUUCGAUUAUGGAGCGCGGGUUGCAGAUCCAAGUAUAUGGGUUGCUGCGGACGACUGCGAUUUAUACGAAAACCGAUUUGUAUUAUAGAUUUAAUCGUCGUGGUAGCAUCCAUGGUAGUCCUAUCGGUAGGAAGCAACGGUCAAGUAUUCGCUACUUCCGCCAUCAGAGGCAUCCGGUUUCUACAAAUUUUGCGAAUGCUUCAUGUCGAUCGUCAAGGUGGCACGUGGCGACUUCUGGGUUCGGUGGUUUUCAUACAUCGUCAGGAGUUGAUCACAACGCUAUACAUCGGGUUCCUAGGCCUCAUUUUCAGUAGUUACUUUGUAUAUCUUGCCGAAAAAGACGCAGUUGGACCCGACGGCAAAACAGAUUUCUCGAGUUACGCUGAUGCACUUUGGUGGGGAGUGAUCACGGUAACGACGAUAGGUUACGGUGAUACCGUCCCGCAAACAUGGAUGGGGAAAAUAGUAGCCUCAUGUUUCAGCGUGUUUGCUAUAUCCUUUUUCGCACUUCCAGCUGGUAUUCUAGGUUCCGGCUUCGCACUGAAAGUACAACAGAAGCAACGGCAGAAACAUUUCAAUCGGCAGAUACCGGCUGCUGCCAUGUUGAUACAGUGUUUGUGGAGGUGUUAUGCCGCCGAUAAAGCCAUCAACAGUGUCGCUACAUGGAACAUUUAUAUUAAGGAUCCAGCUCCAGCCGGCCAACCCUCGACGCCUCUCGGCAAGUUGAUUUGUGUAAAGAAGAUGUCUCUGAUGAUCCAGGUGGCAAAAAAGGCGAAUGUGCUGAAGAGGCGAAAGUCACGGAAUCGGAUGGAAGUUCAACAGCAACAACAACAGCCAGCCUUGCCGCCCGUCACGAUAUCGGGCGGCAUAUCAGCCGGCGCCGGAACUGGCCAAAAUGACAAUCAACGUCUUGAAAACGAAGGGGAUGUGGUUUUUUACAUGGAAGAACCCAAAGUGGGCACGCCGAAUCGCGCUAGACGUGACAAUCGGGGAAGCCUUUUCACCUCGCAAACAAGUUCGGUGACAGAGGCGACUAGCGACGAAAUUGACAUCGAUAUCGAAGAACCGCAGAGAGUAACUACCUUGACAGAGGCACAUCGAAAUGCUAUUCGGGCGAUCAGGAAGAUUAAAUAUUUCGUGGCUCGCAGAAAGUUUCAACAAGCUCGAAAACCGUAUGAUGUUCGUGACGUCAUCGAGCAAUACAGUCAAGGUCACCUAAAUAUGAUGGUACGGAUUAAGGAAUUACAGAGGAGAUUGGAUCAGACUCUGGGUAAACCGGGGAGCUACCUGGCUGGAAUCGACCGGGCAGGCAACGUAAAACCUAUGACGAUUGGUGCGCGGUUAUACCGAGUGGAGCAGCAGUUAUCGGUGAUGGACAAGAAGUUGGAUCAAUUGGUGUACGUAUUAAAUGCAGUAGCGCAGAAACAACAGAUACCUCUACGUAGUAUAGAAGACGAUGUGUAACAGAGAGCCCCCAGCGAACUCAUGCGCACUCAAUUCGUCUUACAAUCACCCGCGAUUCCGGGGAUCUUACCUCGGGUUACUAUAACCACGGUGACUCCAAAUAUGCUCAGUGAAAGCUCUUAAUGAUGAAGACAGCAGCGACUGUACCCAAACGUGUCCAGAAAGUAUAAAUAAAUUAUAGCGAAUACUGUUCGAGUCUAUAUAUCUUCUGGGAGACUGUAAUCAGAAAACGUUGAAAUAACUAUAGUCUCGAUGACAUCGCAACAAUCGAUAGUUCUGUUUCCACUCUUAGCUUUCUGUUGUCGUUACAGAAAUCAUAUGCAAUCUUAUAACUCGAUGGAAUUAUGAUCAACACUAACAUUAUCGUCUUAUCAGUGGAAAAGCGAUAUCCAAGUUAAGAGAAAUGUGAUGAUUCGAGACUAAGAGAAAUCCUCAAGAAUGACGCAAAUAAUCAUGAUGAAGUCAAACGCACAGAAUGGAUAAUCAAGUCAACGAGGCGCGGAGUUAGGGUACAAAAAUUGUAGAUCGCAAUUAUUAUACUAUACGAAAUGACGUUUCGUCGAAUGAGAACGAAACUAUAUGUAUUGCGUAUUAAAGCAAGUUAUUAAAGUAAGGAUAUAUAUUAAUGCUAGAUCGAGUUGAGCCUAUGAAAAUCGAUUUUGUGUGUGAAGAAAUUCGAAAGAAUUUAAAAAGAAUUUCCAUAUUUUCAGUUCGCCGAAAGAAUGGGUAAAUACAUUAAUGGGAACAUUAUUCGGGCCAACUAGAAAUAAUAAGGAAGAACAAUAAGCAACACUGAAUUUCCUAGGACAGAUUUUAAAUCUACUAAUUGAAUUCAAUGACUGCUAAUCGUUCCAUUGAUCGAUUGAUCGUUCAUCAAAGCGAAAGCAUGUUGUCAACAUCAGAGCGAUUUUAAUGAUUCUGCGGGGUUUACCAUUUUAAAUUGUGGUUGCAUUUUAUCAUUAAUCUUUGGCAUGGAUUCCACAAGAGUAGAACCUAAAACCUUGCGGAGUGUUUCCAGUUCGAUUUUGCGAACGCAAAUUCUGAUUUAUUUGUCUCCCGAUUUAAUUCUUCGGCCUAGCAUAAAUAUAGAUAUUUCGAGAUAACCCGCUUUAAGCUCGUAUAUACAAUUUUUCCAUCUCUUCUUUUUCUUAUGGCAUUGCCCAAUCGCACUUGCCUAAAGCGCUUGUUCCUGAAGAGCAAUACGUCUACAUAAAAUUUAGAUGCUUCGUGCUAUUCCGUGAAACUAUAUGAUAUAUGAUAUGCAAUGUACACGUAUCCGUAAUAUUAGUCUUCGAUACACGCGUGAGUUGCUGUAGAUACGUCUUAAAGAUUUAAGAAUAUCCCAUGAAAAUGGAAAUGAGGCAAAAAGAAAGUGUAUAUAUUGCGAAUUGUAUAGAGUAUCAUUCUUUCAUAUAUACAAAUACAAUUUAUAUUUUAUAC